AUGUGUGCACCAGUCAGUGGUAAAGAAGUAGGGGAUGGUUUGAAAUCUAUUGGAAAUGACAAGGCACCUAGUAUAGAUGGAUAUAAUGCUCACUUCGUCAAGAAAGCAUGGCCUAUUUUUAAAGAAGAUGUUAUUAUGCCUGUCACGGGCUUCUUUAAUACUGGGCUACUUCCAAGAACUGUCAACUGUACAACCAUCAUCUUGGUUCCAAAGCUGGCUAAUGUUAUUACUGUUAAGGAUUUUAGGCCAAUAGCCUCAUUGUUCCUGAAGCACAAGUUAGCUUUAUUCCUGGAAAUCUCUGAUAAUAUUAUCAUGGCUCAGGAGCUGGUUAAGCCCUAUAUGAAGAAGCAUAUUUCUGUUAGAUGUAUGAUCAAAAUUGAUCUGCAAAAAGCAUAUGAUUUAGUGGCGUGGCCUUUUCUUGGGCAAGUUAUGGAUGAACUGGGUUUUCCUACUCAAUUCACUGCUUGGAUAAUGGAAUGUGUAAGAACAGGUGACCUACAAUCUAUUAUAGCAAUCCACAAAGCUUUCAAAGUCUUCUCUGAAGCUUCAGGACUAUAA